GUUGAAAUGCCCUUUCAUAUACAGACAAGAAGACUGUCAGAUAAUUUCAUGGUUAGAAACGGCAACAAAUUGUGCUCAGGAAUCUCAAACACAACUAUGCGUCAGUUUUGCUGUCGCUGACCAGACUUGUGGCACCGAUCAGUUUUUGAUUCUUGGAGAUGCUUCCAGCUGGAAAUGUGUUGCUGUGAACACACCAGUGUUUGUUCACUGAAGAUCAGUUCUUUAACUGCAUUGAUUGUACCAGGGAUUCACUACGUCUGACAUCUGACUUGGUGAAUUGAUAGAAUACUUUGGGAAGGGAUUCUCUCACCCAUCUGACCUUCGGACACACCAGUGAGAUCACACUGGGGCAAUGCCGUUCAUUUGCUCUGAUUGUGGGAUGGGAUUCACUCAGUCAUCUGACCUACUGAAACACCAGUCAGUUCACACUGGGGAGAUGCCGUUCACGUGCUCAGACUGUGGGAAGGGAUUCACUCGAUCAUUCAACCUACAGAGACACCAGCGAGUUCACACAGGAGAGAGGCCAUUCAACUGUUCUGUGUGUGGAAAGGGAUUCACUAGGUCAUCUCAUCUACAGACGCACCAACGAGUUCACACCGGAGAGAGGCCGUUCACCUGUUCAGUAUGUGGGAAGAGAUUCACUCAAUCAUCUGACCUACUGGUACACCAGCGAGUUCACACUGGGGAGAGGCCGUUCACAUGUUCAUACUGUGGAAAGAGAUUCACCCGGUCAUUCAACCUACAGACGCAUCAGCGAGUUCAUACUGGGGAGAGGCCAUUCAACUGCUCUGAAUGUGGGAAGAGGUUCACUCGGCAAUCUAACCUUGUGGCGCACUAUCGAUUUCACACUGGAGAGAAAGUUUAAAUAAGCUGUAUGCCAGAUAUUGAACCAUCACAGUUGCUGAGUCCAGAGGCAAGUUCAAAAGUGACUGUUGGUGUUGAACUCUGCAAUUAUUGCUGCUGUUCAUCAAACCCGGUUCUGCACCCUGGUCACUGGGCAUGGGAGAAGUUUCUUCUGCUGAUGUUCACCUUUAAUGGGACUAGAGUUUAAUAUUCUGGAUCUGUGACAAAUUAAUCAGUUCUAUUUUAAAUUCUGUCUUGGGUACUUAGUGAAUCUACAACACGCUUAGUGUACAGUCAGGAGUCAACUCAGCCCAGCUGGUCCCUACUUGUGUUUCUGUUCUACAACAGUCCAUUUAAAUCCAUCCUUGCUGUUGACCUAUCACAUUCCCUGUAGUGAUGGGUUCCAAACAGUCACCACUCUGUGGGUGAAGAGUUUCAAUUUCCUGCAUGCCUUUCAGCAGACUGAAGAAGAUAAGCUGAUUGCAGUUAUCUUUGACAUGUUCGUCCAUCAAAUCUAUGGACCGAGGAAGAAUGACGUUGGUAGUUAACCUCUGUACUCCCUGCACAUUUCAACGUUAUGGGUUAUUUUCACUGCUUUUAAAAGGCUGUGUAUCACCACUUUUGGCCAGAAAGUGAUUAAAAUAUGGAAGAAAACAUCAAACUUGAAUGGGUCGAGGACAGAGGAAGAAGACAAACCAAUUAUCUUUGUUCUUGUCGUGUCAAAGAAAUGGAGACUGCUAUUUUUGAACCUGCUCUGUAACAUUCGUUUUGUGAACUGUUUGAUGAACUGAUUCUUGCUCUGGGAUAACCUAAUCAGAGGAAUUGCACAUGGAUACAAGGAGUUUCUGCAAUUGAACUGCUAAACCUGAGGUCAUUCUUAGAUAAGCCGUAUAUUACAUACAAUUGCAGGUUUGCAGAAGUUAUCUCAGUCCAGUGUAAUUCAGUUUGACUGUUAUGAACCAGAAUUGAAGGGAGUUAAAGAAGUCACCUACAGUGGUGCUAGAAAGUUGUGAACCCUUGCAUUUUCUCUAUUUCUGUAUAAAUAUGACCUAAAAUGUGAUCAGAUCUUCAUGUAAGUCCUAAAACUAGAUAGAGUCCCAAUUAAAUAAAUAGCACAAAAACAUUAUACCUGUUCAUUUAUUUAUUGAGAAAAAUGAUCCAGUGUUACAUGUAUUUGUUGGAAAAGCAUGUGAGCCUUUGCUUUCAGUAACAGGUGUGACCCCCAUGAACAGCAAUAACUUCAACCAAAUGUUUCCAGUAACUUUUGAUGAGUCCUGCACAUCCGCUUGGAGGAAUUUUAGGCCAUUCCUCCUUACAAAACUGCUUCCACUCUGGGAUGUUGGUGGGCUUCCUAGCGUGAACUGCUUGUUUCAGGUCCUUCCACAACAUUUCUAUAGGAUUAAGGUCAGCCAUUCCAAAACGCAGAUUUUCUUCUUUUUAAACCAUUCUAUAGUUGAUUUACUCUUUGGAAUCAUUGUCUGGUUGCAUUAUCCAACUUCUAUUAAGCUUCUGGUGGCAGACUGCUACUCUAAUAUUCUCCCAUAAAAUGUCUUGAUCCCUCAAUGAUUGCAAGCUGUUCAGGUCCUGAGACAACAAAGCAGCCCCAAACCAUGAUGCUCCUUCCACCAUGCUUCACAGUUGGGAUGAGAUUUUGGUGCCCUUUUCCCUCCAAACAUAUCAAUGUUUAUUUCUGCCAAAAAAAUCAACUUUUAUCUCAUCUGUCCACAGAACGUUGUCCGAGAAGUGUUGUAGAACAUCCAGGUGGUCUUUUGCAAACUUGAGACGUGCAACAAUUUUUUUUUGGAGAGCAGUGGUUUCCUCUGUGGUGUCCUUCCUCCAUGAACACCAUUCUUGCUUUGUGUUUUUCUUACAGUGGGCACAUGAACAGAGACUUCAGCAAGUUCUAGAGAUUUCUGCAGGUCUUUUAUUGUUACCCUUGGGCUCUUUUUCACCUCCUUCAGCACUGCGCGUUGUGUUCUUGGUGUGAUCUUUGCAGGAUACCCACUCCUAGGGAGAGUAGCAAUAACACUGAGUUUCCUCCAUUUAUAGACAAUUUCUAUUACUGUAGACUGAUGAACACUCAGGUCUUUAGAAAUACUUUUGUAUCCUUUUUCAGCUUAACGCAUCUGUACAGUUCCUCUUCUAAGGCCCUCUGAAAGUUGUUUUGAUCGAGGCAUGGUGCACAUAAACAGAUCUUUCUUGAGAAGAGCAGGCUCUGUCAGUAACCUGACUUUGUGUGUCUUUUUUAUAGGGCAGGGCACCUCUAUAACCCACACCUCCAAACUCAUCUCAUUGAUUCCAAAUCACCUGACUCCAAAUACCUUUUGUAGGAGGUAUUACCCCAGAGGUUCACAUACUUUCUCCAACAAAUACAUGGAAUAUUGGAUCAUUUUUCUAAUAAAUAAAUGGAGAAGUAUAAUAUUUUUAUUGUGUUAUUUAUAUAAUUGGGUUCUAUUUAUCUAGUUUUAGGACUGUGUGAUCUGAUCACAUUUUAUGUCAUAUUUAUGCAGAAAUAGAGAAAAUUCUACAGGGGUCACAUACUUUCUACCACCACUGUAAGGCAUGAAGUUGUGUAGCCCUUAGACUACAUCCAAUGGGAAUCUGUUAUAGGUCAGUCAGAUUAACUCAAGAAAAUAAGAAUGAGGUUGAGCAUUUGAACUGAUAAGUGUUUAGAAAGUUCGCAGUUUCAAAUGCAAAAGCGUGAUAACUGCAGAAACUAACUAUUGGAAGGAAGAGCUCCCAAGCCAGGUACUAGUAAAAUAAUUCAUCGAUCAGUUGGCCAUUGGGAGAUCCAUUGUUUCAGUGUUAUAAAUUCAAGAAGUGGUCUGAGUGAACAUUGGUACAGAGGAAACUGUCAAAUUCAUGUGUUAAGUUUUUGGCCUUGGGAUCAAAAUAGUUAUGUUGUUGUUUGUACGAACUUCGAUUAAUUAAGAGUUGCAGACUGUGUUUCCAAACCUAGUUAAGUUGAUGAAUGGCCUACAUAUUUUGGCAUCCUGUGGUGCACCCAGAAAGAAAAAUAGUUGUCUUGGACCCUAGUUUUGAGUUGAACCACCCACUAGGAUAUUAAAAUUGGGAAAGGAAAGGACGAAAGAACCCAGGGUUUUCGGAGGAUUGGAGAGAUUCCUUUCAUAGUUAGAUAUUAAGGAAGUAGCCCGACCAUGAAGAGUAGAUAGAAAAAAUUGAGAGUGAAGAUCAGGGACCCAGGGGAAAGCAUUGUGGAAAACCGUAUAUGAAAAGGAAUUACAAGAGACUAAAAAAGCUUUUCUAAUUGGUGUAUGCUGGAAGAUCUAAUUGAACUGAAGAGAGAAAACAGUAACAGCCAGAGGAAUUACGUGUGUGUCGGGAUGAUUUGGAGAGAGAGAGGAAAGAAAAUUAAUUCCUGAGGGAGUAGGGUCAGGAGAUUUUGAUACACGAGUCAGUCUCAGGUGCACUGUGAAUGCUUAACAAGAGAAAAGGAGAAAACUGAAGAGGAGUGUAAACAGGUGAAUACAGAAUUAGAAAGAUGGAAAACUCAGUAUCAGGAUUGCAAUGAAUGUCAUGCAGAAAUUGGCAGCUGAGAAGAAAGGCAGUGCCGAUCAUAUUGAGUGUUUAAAACAGAUUGAAAAUCUGCAGUGCCAAUUCUCAGCUCAGGGAGAGUGAUAUGUGCUUUUGGUAUGAAAACUGACAAUGAUGGUAAUGUCGAUUGGGGUGAUUUAGCUAUGAGGUGACACAUUAUAAUGGUAAGGAUGAUUGGAAAAGUGGCCUGUUCCCUUAUGGAUUUUUCCAAGAGGGUGUGGAAAUAUCCACACCCACUGCUUCAAUGGCACCCGUGGUAACGGAGAAGGUUUAAGUCACCGCUCAAUUCUUCUGAAUUCCAGUGAAUACAAGCCUAGACCAUCAAAGUUCUUGAUCUGACAAGCUAUUCAAUCCUGGAGUUAUUUUUUUGGAAUCUUCUUUGAACCCUCUCCGGUUUUAGUGCACUAGAGGCUCAUAAUACUCCAAGUGAUGCCUCAGCAGUGCUUUAUAAAGUUUCAACAUUACAUCCUUGCUUUUAUAUUCUAGUCAGCUUGAAAUAACUGCUAACAUUGCAUUUGCCUUCCUCACUACAGGCUCAACCUGCAAACUAACCUUUAGGGAAUCCUUCAUAAGGACUCCCAAGUCCCUUUACACCUCAGUUUUUUGUAUUUUAAUACAGGGAUUUUGUAUUUUCUUGCCAUUUCGAGGAUGCUCAACUCUUUCAUUUCAUCUACUAAAGUGCAUGACAUUGUAUUCUAUCUGUCACUUCUUUACCCAGUCUCCGAAUCUGUCGAAGUCCUUCUGUAGCCUCUCUACUUUCUCAAAACUACUUUGGGGGGUUUUAAACUAAUUUGGCAGGCGACGGAAACCAGAGACAUAGUGCUGAAGAUGAGGUGGUUGGUUUACAACAGGCAAUGUGUAGUGAGAGGCUGAUGAUAGGGCAAAAUUGCAGUCAACAGGAUAAGUUGUAACGUUAAAGGUGGACAAAAUCGAAAUGGGUGAAUACAAAAUUGAAGGCGUUAUAUUUAAAUGCGCGCAGUGUGUGAAAUAUGGUAGAUGAACUUGUAGCACAGUUACAGAUUGAAAUGUAUGAUGUUGUAGGCAUUACUGAAUCAUGGCUGAAAGAAUAUUAUAGAUGGGAGCUUAGUGUCCAAGGAUAUACACUGUAUUGAAAGGACAGGCAGGAAGGCAGAGGGGUGAUACAGAAAGUAAAUUGUUAGAAAGAGGUGACAGGAUUGGAAGGUAUUGAAUCAUUUUUGGAUCGAGCUAAGGAACUACAAGGGUGAAAAGACACUGAUGGGAGUUGUAUACAGGACCUGAAACAAGUAAAGGUGUGGUCUACAAAUUUUGCCAAAAGGGCAAUGUUACAAUAGUCAGGGAGGAUUUUAGUAUACAGGUAGAUUGGGAAAAUCAGUUUGGUUCUGAAUUCCAAGAGGGGAAAUUUCUUGAAUGCUACAGAGGGCUUUUUUAAAGUAUUUUUUUUUAGAGGUUGGGUGGGACUACAUCUGGAGGUCAUGGAUUAAGGGUGAAAGGUGAAAAGUUUAAGGGGAACAUGAAGGGAAACUUCACUCAGUUGGUCAUGAGGGUGUGGAGCCAGCUGCCAGUGCAGAUGUGCAGCUGAGCUUGGUUUCAAUGCUUUAAGAAAAGUUUGGAUAGGUACAUAGAUAGAGGGGUAUGGAGAGAUGGUUAUGAUGCAGGUCAAUAGGAGUAUUCAGUUUAAAUUGUUCAGCAUGGACUAGAUGAGCCAAAGGGACUGGUUCUGUGCUGUACUUUUCUCUGACUCCAUUACUCCAAUAUUCCAAGAGUGGACUCGACAGUAAAUUAUAUAACUAUAACAUAAUGUACUUACUCCUAAACCUGAUGCCUGAGUCAUGAAAGCCAGGAUGCCAAAAGCUGCUUUCACCACAGUAUCCACUUGUGUAACUGCUUUCAGUGAACUGUGCACUUGUACUCCUAGCUCUGUGUUGUCAUCAGUAUAGCAGGUAAGAGCGGGGCUCUGGGCGGGUGGGGAGGCGGUUCAUCGGCACCAGUAUCAUUGAACUGUGACUGAGGGACAAUUACUGUGAGCUCCAGACACACUGUGGCUCUGUACCUCAGGACAAUCCUGGUCCUUUCCCCCUCUCUCAGAUCCACCAUCUGUACCCGGGCCCCGGGGAGCUUUCUGCCAUUUCAUCAUGGAUGAUCUAUUUUGUUGUUUUUGUACAACUACAUAUCAAAUAAAUAAAGGCACACACUCUUCUAGCUUUUUAUAGCAGUCGGCAGUCUAACUUAAAGGCACAUUCCCAUCACCAACCGGACUAGAGUGUGGUAUAGAGAACUGGGAAAUAAAACCAUUACAACUUUUUUAUCAAAUGAAAACUAAAUCACCCCAACAAUCUCUUAAGAAUGUAUGUGAUGAAAGACAAUACUGUGAAUUAAGUUAAGGUCACUUCCAUAACUUAAUAAAGUUUUAAAAUGAAAACUGUCAAUCCUCAAAUGUAGCACUGAAGCCUGCAUUUGAUUUCUUUCAACCUUGUAUGUUUCACAUUGUAAAAGAAUGUGUUCAACUGUUUCAUAAUGAUGACAAAACCGAGACACC